AUGACAGUUUUACACAGGUUCAUCGCGGUCGCAGGACAGUCGGCCGAAUACUUCUUCGCGCAGCCCUAUAGUCUUCAUUUCGCGGCAAUCCUCUGGUUUCCGGUAGGCGACAUUGUGGAUGUAACAAUCUUAUCUCGCCGGCCUGAGGUGCACUCUGUCUUUACUUGUCGCUUCCUUAUAAAGAAUGGUCAACUCGGUGACAAUGGCUUCCUAGUACUUGCCGAUACACAUUUUCUCAUCCUGUGCGGCCUACGAUCUGGUAACAAAUUUGAGGCUAGUAGAAUGCUAGCAUCGCUCGGUGCCUUAUUCACCUCUGCAUUGGUCGCCAAUGCGAGCAGUUGUGACGUCGGCCGAUCCAAUAACAAAACUUGUAUAAGUCCACAGAAGACUGAUCCCAGAAAGGCUUCUGCAGAAAGAAGUUAUAGCAGCUGCUCCAGCUCGAACUUUGCAGACCCCUCGGCUAAUAUCACUCGAGCCAUUGUAGUUCGAUGCGUCCCACUACUGAACAUCCGAAAAAUUACCUCAAAUAGUCGAAUACCUGAGCUGAUAUCCUUUAUCUACGUACCUGAUUCUACCAAUGAUUUGGCAGAAACGCCCGCCUCGGAGACGCGUGAUCGCGUCUACAUAGAGGAUUCAGGGUCAGCGGUAAAAGUGAUCAAGGGGGCUGUAUUUCAUGCGAACGAGAGUCGUUUACAAAAACAGGUCUCUUCGAACUGCCCAUAG